AUGGACAAUUUCUUCGCUGCCAUAUCAUUAUUCCGUCGACGGAAAUAUGAUGAGUGCAUCGAGGUGUGCAACGUCCUGCUGCAGCAAAAUGCCCUUCAUCAAGGUCCUUGGGAGCUGAAAAUGCGAUCUAUGACCCAGCGAGUGUACAUCGACGAUAUCGAGGCGGACGACGACGUGGCGGAGGAUAUUUUGGACACGCAGACGAUCGCAACGGCCCCGCGUCCUGGUACCUCCAUCCGCACUGCCAUCCUACCGGUUGGGACCUCUGGCACCACCACCGCCAGCCGCCCGCGCACCGGAACCGGCCGACCAAUCACGGGCAUUUCCCGUCCGGGCACACUGUCGUUGCAGAGACCAACGUCAACGCUGGGUAACAGGACGGCAGGACGAAGGACAGCCUCGAGAACAGGCACGGGCUCGGCACGUACCAUUCGUCUCGGAUCGGCCUCGAUGUUUGCCGUCGGUGACCCCACGGGACCACUGUUUCACAUCUCACGACUUCACCCGGACAAGUACGCCGACCGGGAUGCGCUGUCUAAACCACUCUUUCAGUAUCUCUACUACCACGAGGGUGACAUCCGUAAGGCGAUGGCGUUGUGUGAUGCCGUCCUGGCACGCCGUCGUCCUGGCGCUUCAAACAUCACCGAAACCAGCACCACAAGGACGCAGGACCUCGGUGGAAGCGAUUGGUGGUGGCACACGCAAAAAGCACGCUGUCUGCUCGCUGGUGGAAGUCCUCGUGAAGCUGAACCGUACCUACGGCAAGCCCUACAGGAUAUGCCUCACCCAGAUGUGGUGUUGUUGCUAGCACGUAUCUACGUACGGCUCGAUCAACCUACAGCCGCCUUGGAGGUAUGCCGACAAGGCUUAGAACGCCAGCCACGAGAGGUCGCUCUGUUGACGCAACAAGCGCGUAUCCUCGAGCUGGUCGGAAAUUUAACCGCAUCCGUACGACGCUACCGGCAGCUGGCCGCUCUCGAUCCGAUGUGUACCGAGGCACUUGCUUGCAUCGCCGUCAGCUAUUUCUACGCCAAUCAGCCGGAAACGGCGCUGCUGUACUAUCGGCGAGUCCUGUCGAUGGGCGCUCAUAGCGCGGAGUUGUACUGCAACAUUGCCCUUUGCUGUCUGUACGGUGGCCAGCUGGAUCUUGUGUUUCCGUGCUUUCAGCGUGCGAUCCGGAUGGCAACCUCGGCCGAGUUGCGUGCAGAUGUUUACUACAACCUCAGCUUCGUGGCGUUGACCACCGGAGACAUUCACCUGGCGCGGCGUUGUUUGAGGCUCGCGAUCGCAGCUAACGGGUCGCAUGCGUCCGCCCUCAACAACAUGGCGGUGUUGGUCGCACGCCAGAAGCAGUACCCGAAAGCUAAAUCGUACCUGUUGGCGGCUCGAAGCGCUCAUCCUGGCAGCGACGAGAUCGGUCACAAUCUCGCUCUGAUCGACCAUUUUCAGUAA